CUGAGCGCUGUCUCCAGACAGGGCAUCAAUUCACCGCAGCCCCUCCAGCGCUCAGCUUCAUUCAAGUCCGACCGCGUCCACAUUGUGUAACAGCAUGAACAAAUUUCUGUUUUUGGCCUGCCUUGCAGUGCUCGGCUGCAGUCGCUGGGCAGCAGCGCGUCCUGAUCUCAGCCGUCAGGCCUACCGCUACGAAAUUGGCCAGAACGACAACCUGGUGUCCGGCCCUGUGGUGACGACAUCCACCUCGUACCAGCCGACCGCGUCGGGCAACACCUACUACAACAACCUGGGUGGGGUCAACUCCGGCUUUGUGCCCUCCGCUCAAGUGGGCGGCAUUCAGUAUACCGGCAGCAGUGGCUACACCAACGGCAUCAGCACUGGCAGCGCCAACGGCAAUGGCAUCUACACUGGCGUGGUCAACGAUCACAUCGGUCUGACUGGCAUUCGGCCUGGACCCGUCAUCAACUACAAGGAGCAGGAGGCGUACAUCAGCCACUUGGCCAACUUCCAGCCGCCCAUCAUCAGCAAGCACUUCUAUCUGCACACCGCGCCCGAGGACCACGAUGAGCAGCAGAUCGUGCGCUAUGUGAACGUGGGCAAGCCCCAGAAGAACUACCGCGUUGUCUUCAUCAAUGCGCCCGCAUCCACCACCAGCAAGGCCAAGAUCAUUGCCAACGUGGCCCCAGUCGAGGAGAAGACCGCCAUCUACGUGCUGUCCAAGAAAUCGAACGCGCUCGAUGUCAGCGCCGAGGUGGUCACACAGCGCCCCGUCACCAACAAGCCCGAGGUCUACUUCAUCAAGUACAAGACCCCCGCGGAGGCAGCGCAUGCCCAGCAGACCAUCCAGGCCAACUACGAUGCCUUGGGCGGCAGCUCCAGCCUCAGCGAUGAGGGCAUUGUGCCCACCUCCUCCGUCAUCAAUGCCCUGGGCGACAACGGCGCCUCCGGCGUGAUCAACGACGGCAGCGGCAGCAUCAACAUCGUUGGCACUGGUGGCGUACCCAUCAACGGUGUCGGUGUCGGCGUCCCCUCCAACGAUAACCUGCAGAUCGGCAUCAGCGCUGGCGGCAAUGGCAACCAGGUGGCAACCGGCACAUCCAACGUGGGCAGCAGCAUCAUCCAGACCUCAUAUCUGCCCGCCAAGCCCAUCAGAUCCGUCAAGUACUAGACGUGCCAUCUGCAUCCCGACCAUCCCAACUAAACACGCGCCCGACUCCUGAUUCUAAUUGAAUAAUCCAUGGCGAUUAUUUGGCUAGAAUAUUCUUAGCUUAACUCUUGCGAUAUUCAUUUUAGAUACCUUUGCGACUGAUGCAAAACAAAUGAAAAACUAUUUUUUUUUCUC